AAUGGGAAAUAAGGAAGGAAUGUGUUGUCUUUCAAGAGAGAGGGAGAAUCAUGUUUUGAAUAAUGAAUUAGUUAUAUUUAGGGAAUAUAUGAAUGUGAAAAUAACAGUUAAAUUGGGUGAUAUCUAGAAAGAAUCUGGAGAAAGUGUUAGUAUGUUUCUGGUUUAUUAAUAAAGUUUGUUUAUAUACAAAUCCAGAUAAAAUACCGUUAUAACAAAAUAUCAUACAAUAGAUUUAUGACAAUUUAAGUAGAAGUAUAAAUUAUACUAAUCUUUUAGUUUAGUAUGAAUAAGUGUAUAGUCAAAAUUUAGAAAUGAGUAAUUAUAAGUGUAUAACAUAUUAUAGAGUAAGAGUUUUUGAAGUAUUAUUAUAAACAAAUAUAUUUAGUCAGAAAAAGAUUUAUUCCAAUAUUAUAACGGAUUUAGAGAGUGGUAAAUAAAGUUUAAGUAUUUUUUUUAGUUUAUAAUAAUUGAAUGAUGAAGAAUAUAAAGAUAUUCUUAUAUGUGAUUGUCCAAUCAAAUAAAGUAGAGCAUUUAGUUCAGAAGUAUUGGUUAGAUCAGUGAUUGAGUAAUUAAUAAUUUAAUAAUGUGUAGUUUUAUUGAUGAAUCAAAAAACAGAUUGAAUAUUAAAAGUAUAACUAUGAUGAAUUAUGAUAAAAAGAGUGUAAUCUAUGAUAAUUAAUAAAGAGUCUCGUUUUUUGAAAUAUGAACUCAUUAAAUAAAUAGAAGAAUCCAAAGAACCAAUAUUAAGAAAAGAGAGAUAGAAUAAAUUUAUGAAAUUUAUUACUUCUACUAAGAGUGUUACAUCUGAUAUGGGAAGAUAAAAUAAAUGUGAUUUCAGUUUGAAAGACUUUGAUCUAGGAGAUGAAUCCAAAUUGAUUCAAGCAUUAAAAUAAAAUGAAAUAGAAGAAUAAUGA